AUGAAACUGAGGCCAAAAUGUUUUCUGCAUUUCUUGUACUUGGAUAAAAUGUACUGCUUAUUAUCAGUCAGAAAUGCUAGAGCACUGGCAUACUACUUUCACCUACUGGAUGUUCAUAAAAAGAAUGCUUUGAAUGAUCUGCAGUUUUACCAUUUUCUCCACCAUGUGACUGACCUGAGCAAAGAUGAGAUCAUGCUGGUGUUUGACUUGCUAGACUGGGAUGGCAAAGGGGAGGUCGGCUUUGAUGAGUUCUACAUGUUGGUGUGCAUCAUAAUGUCUCAUGAGAACCAUCUUGAAAAGCAGUUCAUGUAUCGUCAUUCCCAUCUUGUGUUUGAAUUGCUUGACAUUGAUGGAGGACACACAAUUGGGCUUUCUGAAUUCAAAGCAACUCGUUUCCUUUUCAACAUUAAAGAGGAAGACCUGUCUCGGAUAUUCAAGGACUUUGACAUCACUGGAGAUGAGCAAUUGAACUACAAGGAAUUCAAGAUGUUCACUAUCUUCUGCAUUGACAGACAACAGAGGAAGCUGAAAGAGAAAAUAAAGAAGCAAGAGCUGAGAGAGAGAGAGAGAGAGAGAGAGAGAGAGAGAGAGAGAGCACCCAGAAAACAAAUUUACUGGUAUUUUGCAUGA